AUGGCCUGCAAAGUGCGAUGGUUGGGACUCUUGCUCUGCAGUCUGCAAGCUCUCUACUUCUUGGUAACAGAAGGAGGUCGCCUGGUUGCCCAAUUAGGAUCGACUGAAACCAAAAAGACUGAUCAUUAUGAUGUUUUGUCUCAAUCGAGUGCCUCCAGUGCCUUGCUUCACUUGAAUGACAUCUUUGACACGGAGUUUUCUACCCAAGAGUCGGUACUAGACCAUGGGUUUCCAUUAUCUUGGAGUCCCUGUACUCUUCGGCCGUUGCUAUCGACUUCCAAGGCAUUGCAUGUUGCAGUAUUGGGUGGCUCGGCUUCGGCUCAUUCGGCCAAGCGUUGCAGCUACCACUCCCCAAGGCACAAUGUCAACCAAAGCAGUGACAUCAAGAGUGAUCCCUAUGCUGGUCGAUACAGCAACAUUCUAAUGGAGCAACUCCUUCAGGACUUUUUUUCCAUGGACACUCAAAAUGGUCAUUCGCUAGAAUUUGAUGUCAUCAACAUGGCACAAGGUGCUACCGAUACCGUUUGGAAUGCUCUCAUGCUAGAUGAAUUGAUCAACACGCAGAAUACAACAACAAGAACCAGCAUGGCCGAAUCAGCAGAAAGGAUGAUUCAUAGUGCGGAUCUCUUGAUCGUGGAGUACGGAAUCAAUGAUGCCUUGGGAGGAACUACCAAGCUACCCCGUCGUACCGACCAACACCUCGCACAAAUGUUGAACCUGUGGUUGUGGCGAGUGUAUUCCCUCUUUCGUCAGCAGGCCAAUAGAGCACCGCCUCCCAUUUUAUUUGUCUACUUGUGGGAUGCCAACUUUUACAAACGAAAUGGCACCAGUUUUGGUAUCGACAGCGACCAUAUCUUGCAACACGGAAUUGGUCAAUCUUCUUGGAAGGCGCAGAAGAGGGUAAUUGAACACUACCAAUCGCAGGGAUGGAACAUUGGGGCACUGAACGUGGGGGGCACCAUCCAAAAUCAUACAGCCGUAGCACACAAGCCUGGAAUACUGUUGGACGACAAGCAUCAUCCCAACUGUGUCGCAAUGCACCUCAUCACAGCCAUGAUUCGGCAUGCAAUCUACUCGGAUCUGGCCCAUUGUCCAUCAUUCGAUAUUGACAACGACUCGAACAAAGAGACCGCUCCAAUGAUUCGUCCCAUGCCCAGCAGCAAUUCUACUACAACCGAAGAGCUGCUUGACACGUUGUUGGAGGACAAUAUCAAAAUUGGAUCCAUUAUGGAAUGGGAACCCAACGUGGGGUCGUCGACACUGAGACUGGGCCACGACAGCGAUUGCUUCAAUGUAUCCGAACACGAUGCGGUUGUUCAAGCUGACUUUGGCACCAAAUCGUAUGCCUGGAGGGAGGAUCGCAAGCAGUCGUUCACACUGCCACCCUGUAUCAACGAGCAACCGAUUCAUUUCACCUUGUUGGAACCGAAUCUGCAGUGGCUCGGCGUUGGCUAUCACAUCUUUUCCAACAAUAUGGCAAUCGAAAUGACAAUCAACGGUGUUUCCUUGGACCUGUUCGACAAUGGUGCGCAGAAUCAUACCAUUCUCGAAUUUGACUAUGCCAAGAUUGUAAAAGACUGGAUCAAGAUUUCGGACUUUUUCUCACAGCAGCCACCGCAACCAACAGUGUACUCAGUAUCAUUUUGCUACAAGCAAUGGCAGGAAAAGACUGACACGACGGCAUCCUCAGACCACCACCCAAUGGCCAUCACUGCCGAUGUUGAAGGUGACUGUCCUUUUGCCGAGGCGACCAGCAUGGAGAACGUUUGUGAGCUCUGGAACCAUGACAACUUUGAUGCUGAUGCAUCAUGUCCGUACGAACAUCUUCAAACUGUCACCGAAGCUUGCUUUCAAUGGUGGGAGACCAAGCUCGAUUCGUUGGAAAAGGAGAUUUCGCAUCAGCAGGGCAAACCACAGGAGGCGACAACCGAAGAUACGGUUCCGCCGCAACUGCACUGGAUUGUGGCAGUGGUGCGAAUAUGA